CAGCCUUUCUUUAACGAAAAAUCGAAGUAGUGAUGGCUAUAAACAGCAUCUGGCCAAUACAUUUUUCUGUAUUGUCAUGUAUAGAGGUCAUGAAUACAAGUGAUACAUAAAUACACAUACGUUUCGAAUGCGUGCACUUUUAUAUGUGUGGAGUAUAUGAUGUCGCUACAUUUCGUCGCUAUGAUUUCAUAACCUGUCAUACCCGUUAACUUUAACGAUUAAUACCUCGCUUUGCGGGACAGAGCGACGAUUUUAACUUUCAUAUUUGGUUUUUACGCGUGAAAAUACACAGUAUGAGGAGUUCCGGUCAAAUCGAAGAGAUUAUCUUCAGAGUUUAGCUGGUCUGGCUCGCUGUGGAGAACCUAACCUCACACGCGCGAAAUUCUCGCGGUGGGAACUCCUCUCCGUAGACACGACGGCAAUGUAUUAGACACGAUUCGAGGAGCCACGUCGAUCGACAUGCUCUGCCGGAUCACGAGGAGCGUGCUUGCGUCGAAUGUCACCCUGCUGUUGAAGAAACCGCCUCACGGGUUCAAAGGUACGUCGAUGCAAGCGGUAUACGCCAUCCACACGAGCAGCCAGCUGAAUGACAACAGAGAUGACAAGAAGAAGAAGGGCACGUCCAAGUCGACCGCACUCGUGCUGCACUCCUUUGAGAGCGUAGAUCACAAGGAAAAGGAAGCCUACUUGGACAUCCUGCGGCAGUACAAGAAGGACAACGUGCUGAUGCGCGGCCACGUAGAGUUCAUUCAGGUCGCGCUCAAGUACAUGGAUGAAUUCGGGGUGAAUCGCGACCUGGCUGUGUACAAGGACCUGUUGGACGUGCUGCCCAAAGGCAAGUUCAUACCCCUUAACUACUUCCAGACGCUGUUCAUGCACUACCCCAAGCAGCAGUACGUGGCCAUCGAUCUGCUCUGCAAGAUGGAGCACAACGGCGUCAUACCCGACCUGGAGGUGCAGACGAUGCUGCUGAACAUCUUCGGCGCUCAGGGCGCGCCGCUGAAGAAGUUCUGGCGGAUGAUGUACUGGAUGCCCAAGUUCGCCAAUCUGCACCCGUGGCCGUGCCCGAAACCGAUUCCCAAGGACCCACAAGUGCUCGCGAAAUUGGCGAUCGACAAGAUGUCCAGCGUAGACGUGACCACCACCGUCACCGAGUUCAAAACAAAGGACUUGGAGGACUCCAUUGAGGACACGUGGAUCGUCUCCAAUAUGAGCAACGCGCAGCAGAAGCUGUUGAAGGAGCAACCCAUCACCAAACCCAUCUAUGUGGAGGGGCCGUUCUCUGUGUGGGUGGCAAAUCACUGUAUAGACUACUUUGUGCUUCGGGGGGAUGCUAGGAUCAAAGAGGAUGUUUACAAGGACCCUGAUGACGUCUCAGAUAUCAGAAUACCGUUCUGGGACAAACGAGAAGUGAUUCCCGAUCCGACCAUGCACGAGCAAGACGACGGCACGUACUUCGCGAUGUGCGCCACCGGCACGUCGAGCAAGGACUCCUUGUUGUCUUGGAUCCGAUGUUUGCAGAAGAAUAAUCCGAUCUUGAACAUAAUCCCGGUAGUAUUCAAAAUCUCGUCCGCCACCAAGGAUCAGCUGUACAUCGAGAACAGCACGCGUGAAAACGAGAUCCUACAGUCGUACGAGUAUUGACUAGAAAGGUACGAAAUAGUUUGAUUUCUACUAAAAGACGACCGGAACGUGUAACAUAGCUGAUACACAAUAGCUUGGCGCACGUGUCUAUGUUGUAGAUAGAAAAAUCUCUGUUGUACAUAAAAAUAUAAAUACGUUUUUAUGA